AUGGUGCAAUUGUCUAAAACGCCUGUGAAACCAGCCAAAGCCACCAAAGAGACCAAUCUUCAAAAGGAGCAGCAUUUAUCGUCAGGAAAAACACCAAUGCCAGUCACUAUUCAGCGCAGAGACCUAACACCACAAGACGAAACCAACAUAAUUGGAAGUGGCACGUAUGGAGUUUGUUAUAAAGGUUUCUACCACGGAAAUAUACCCGUAGUCAUCAAGUCUUUCAGAAAAUCGAUUCAAAGGCACGAAGUUCAACGCGAAUCCGAAGCUCUUCAAGAUCUUCAAAGGACUCAGCACCAUAUCUCUUUGCCACUAUUGUUUGGAGUCAAUCUUGACAGCCUCUCAUUUCUUCUAGUAACGCAGUUAAACGGUGCACAAGAUAGAACCUAUGCUUUGGGCAAUGCUAUCAAGGAGAAACUUUUAAAAUUCAAGCAAUGGGUUGACUUGGCUAUUCAGCUUGCGAGAACUCUAGGCUACAUUCAAUCGUGUGGAUGGCUCCAUAAUGACUUAAAAGAGAACAAUAUAGUCGUACACUAUAUUUCUCCUGCUUGGAAUCCUGUCAUCAUUGACUUCGGCAAAAGUUGCUUGAUAAAGAAAGCAAAAGUCAAGACCAAACAACAUGAUGCAUCACGAUAUCCUUGGAUUGCACCUGAAGUGUUGCAAUACACAUCCCCGCCAUCUCAAGCGAGCGAUAUUUUUUCUUUUGGAAUGAUUUUGAAGCUGCUCUAA